AGUUGUCAUUGUGUGUACGUCCAAAAAUUUUUACAUUCUACAAUUUUUUUAUAAUGAUAAUUCAAACAAACCCGGACGGCGCGAACGAAAAGCUCAAAAGGAUCGAAACGAUAGUCAAAAAUUUCGAGGCAAGUCUCUCAUCGUCGGACGAGACGGACAAGCAGAUGCUGAUGUGCAUCCGCAUGGACCACCUCAAGAACCAAUCGUUGUGCAAUCAAUUCGAGGAAAUCCAGCGCGAGAACAAGCAGAUGCUGGACGUCCUUUAUCAGAACUUCACCGGCCAGAACUCGAGGAGCGAAUCGAACGUCGACCUCAAGUCCAAUUGCUCCACCAUGAGUUUGGUGCGUUUGCAGUACAAGUACGAGGACCUGUUGGCUCAUCACACCGGCCUGCUGAAGGUCAUGGAACUCAGGAUAUCCGAGUUGAGGAGUUGCCAGAAGGAAAACGGUUAUUUGAAGGAGGAGAUGGAGGUGCAGAAACAGAAGAUGGGCGAAAUGGAGGAGCUCCUCAGGAAGAAGGACAGGAAAAUUCGAAGCUUAAAAAAGAGGAAGGAUAAGUAUAUUGUGAAAUUGAAGUUGGAACGUGACACUUUGAGAGAUGUCCACAGCCAGCUGAUUCAAAUUAUCCAAAAUCUGUCGUUGGAGAAGGAGGAGUACAUCAAUAAUGAAAUUAAGGAGACUCCGAGCUCAUGUAAGGCUUUACUGUUAACCGAGAUCAAGAAAAACAACAUGUUGUCGUUCGAAAACAUAAAACUGCAGCAACAGACCGAAUACUUGAAAUCGUUGUUGAGUCUUUCAGGAAACAGUAAAUCUGAAAAUAAAAUCAGCCAUAACUAGUGAA